AUGAUUCAAAACUUGCAAAAGUCUAAGCUUGCUGCGCUCCUCAGCACCGACACAUGGACGGUUCUCAUACUCGACGAUGCCACAUUCCCCAUAAUUAACACGCUGUUUCGUCUCAUAGAGCUACGCAGGUUCAACAUAACAACCAUUUUCAAGCUGGAGAACGACAGGGAGCAGGUAAAUGCGAAUGCAAUCUAUUUCGUGCACAGCAGCAGCAUAUCUGCCAUCGUGUCAGAUGUUACAGGCAAGAUGUACAGCACGUACCACCUGAACUUUAUCGAUUCUGUGAGUCGGGACAGUCUGGAAAUGCUGGCAGCCACGCUGUCUGAAAAAAGACUGGCGUUGAAGGUGGAGAGCGUGUGGGACAGGCACCUUAAUUUCUUGGCCCUCGAUAACAACCUGUUUGUGGUGAAUGGGAGCAACCGGGAUAUGGCGGCCGGUCUGUUUUCACUUUUUUUCAACCUGGACAAUGAGCCGUUCAUCGUGUCUGGCGAUGAAAACGUUUCUGAGCUGCUCUACAAGAAAAUGAAGAACAAUCUGGUAAAGAGAAAGGACAGGAGGCCCCUGCUCAUCUUCUUCAAACGCGAAAACGACAUAAUCACGCCCCUUGAGCACAACUGGACGUAUUCCGGUUUGAUUAACGAUAUUCUUUCGUUUGAUAUCAACAAGGUGGCGUAUUCCAAGGAGAAGGACACGUGCACGUACAGCAUCACGCCCGAUGACACGUUCUACGCCACCAACAAAUACGAAAAGUUUCCGUUGGUAACCGAGCGGAUAGAAAAGGAGCAUAUGAACUACAAGAAGGAGAUCGGCAAGAAGAACUACAACAUUGCCGAACUUAACAGGGCCAACGAAAUGAUUGAUGCACACAUGUCAAUUUGCCUGAACCUGAUCAACGAGAUCAGUGACCGGGGAUACGACGAGUACCAUGAGAUGGAGCAGCGUAAUGCAUCGGACGAGCAGAUCUACAAAAUGGUUGAGAAGGGCUCGGCAGAGGACGUGAAACGGUUCGUGUGCACGUUGUUGAAGAAGGGAGCACGACCUGAGGUGGUUCAGUACAUAAUGAACAAGCGGGGAAUAACACAGCAGUUCGUUGAGAACGUGGUACAGCGCAUCCAAAUUGAGGAGAGCUCGCUGUUUAAACGGGCCACAAACAUUCUGUCCAAAAUAAUUAACGUGGAGACGAGCACUCCGUUGAGUGCGUAUGUUGGUGAGGUUGUAGCGAAGGCAAAGAGGGGAGAACUGAAGGUGAUGGGCAACAGGAAGGUGUAUUACGAGGAGGUGUCUGGUAUUUACGUGUUUGUGGUUGGUGGCGGGUGUUACAAAGAGAUUGAUAGCCUGAGACGAAUGGAUGGCGGCAUUGUGUACGGAUGCGAUGUGGUUUUGAACGGAAGAAUGGCAUUGGAGAGAAUUGAGGGGGGGAUGAAAUAACACAUGGUAAAUUUGCAGUAUGGUGUUCAUUUACGAUGCAGGGGUUGCUGCUCGGUACCUGCUGUUGAUCCUGAAUUACCAUGAUCGGCAGCAUUCCUGCUACAUGAUCUGACCGUUACAAUCAGAACAUGGUGAUUAUGAUGGGAUGUGAACCGUUAGAUUGAACACGCCGUUUGAUUUGUGCACCUGAACACCCUCUGCAGUGCUAAUGCGUGUCUUAAAUUGUUGUUUAAACUGCACCAGGUGCUUAAAACCGUGCUUCACCGUGAAACGGUCAUGUACUUGUAGCGAUUGUGUGGUACAACCAUGUAAUUUCUGAGGUGAAGGGAAGGGUUGUACUGGAAGGGAAAGGAUGUGUAUGAUUGACACGCAGCUCUAAAAAGAUAUGGGUGCUAAAAUGGCACGGGCACUGCUCUUUGUGAUUGAUGCUGAAUGAAUCACGGGAAUGUUUGGUGUUGCAUUGGCCCAGAUGAUUAUGGUGUGCUAAACAUGCGUGAGGGCAGGAAUGCGGUUAAUGAUGAACUGAUGUGAAAUAGUAGCGGUAUAAAACAAAAGUAUAGGAGCAACGUGAUUUAUUCGUUAUUCUGUGCUUUUACACCUGAUCAUUCCUCUGCUGCUCCAUUUCAUGCUGACUAUAAGUUUGUCCUUCUCCCUCGCUUGUUCCCGCUCGUCUGAGCAGCCUGGCAAUUGGCCCUAGCGCGCCGGUGUCAAGCACAGACGGCCAUAUGUGAGCAUCAUGAGUUGGUGACUCUUGGUAUCUGAGCGAGUUCUUCUUGUAUCGGUCAAAGUUGGUAUCAAUAAUUGGGUCAUUUGGGCCUUGCAUGGGCCACUCGGAUGUGAAAUAAUGCUGCAUCGGUAUUGGAUCGCACACAUUGUAUGAAUCGACUGGAUGCACGCCCAUUUGCACCAGUGCCGGUUCAUAAUAUGAUUCGAUAGGGCAAGCGUCCUGAAGAAAGCCUCCGUUGGUGUAGGGCAUGUUGGUAUAGGGGCCGUUGGCAGACACACACCUACAAUCGUCGGUGGCAAACUCGUCGUGGGCAUCUCCGAGACCCUGUCUAAUUCUUUCAUUAGCCGCAUUCACUUCACCAUCGGUGCCGUAGCACCCGCACGUAUCGCUGCACUUCGUUCGCGCAACUGCCCGGCCAAGAAUAGGAUCCUCCAGAUAGUCCAUCUCGUAUCCCAUAGCCUCCAUACUGUCGUACUGCCCUGCAUUAUCCGCAGUUGUGCACACACUCUCAAGGCUGCUGCUUGGGUGAUCGGACCACCUACUCUCUGAGCUGUGGUAACGGUCAGACCCUUCCAGAGCAGAAGGAGGAUGCACAUGGACUGUGCCUGUCUUUUUGCCGAUCCUGCACAUCUCUCUGAACUCCCUCUCUAGCUUUAGCUGCAUUACACGCUCGUAUCCCUCCACACCCUCCUCUGCUAUGAGGUCCAUUCCACGCCGUGCCAUGUUGCGCACGCUCUCCUCGUCUUCAUCCACACGUGUGUAGAUUCUGCCUAUUUUCUUCUUUUCAGGCUUGUCAGUACUGAUUGAUGUCUUUCUGAACAUAACGAGAACGAUUCAGAUGUAUUUAUAGUUUUAUAUGUUUUUUUAUCACAAUCAAGUAUUUGUUCGUUUCAGUGAUUGGUUUCGAUUUUGUUUGGUGGUCGGUUGAGAGAUAAACAGCAAAAUUGAUCAAAAAAGGAAUUUUUGUGUAAUAUAUUGGUCAAUGAUGCAAUGAUCGUGUUAUAUUAGCAAUAUCAGAAGCGGUAAUUGUGAGUAGAUCACAUUUUAUGCACCAGAGCACUCAAAGUAGGCUUAAAUAAAAUUGAAGCUGUUGUUUACUUUAACAUGGAUGAACGCUGCAGAUUGAAGACCAACUUUUAUGUUCGGAUCAGCAAGUAUUUCUGUGCCUUAGGUGCUCUGCGCGCGUCCAUCAAGACUGAAGCAGGCUCAAAACGAUGCGAUGAUAUCGCACAGUGUGAGAAUGACGUAUGAAACAGUGUUCUGACGCAAAACUGUGAUAUUUGCCGUAAAUAACCUCUUCAUAACGUGAUCAGUCUGAAACGCUAAGGUUGUUUCCAAAUAGAUGAAGAAAUAAACGCAGUCAUACUUCGCUAUUAACAGCGGUAGCACGUCCGUUCUGUCAGUCAUACGUUGAGUCUUUUCUUUCAUCGAUCUGGUGCCACUCAUUCAUUUUCUUCCUUUUUUUCGGUUGUUUGUUUAACGUUCAAUCAGCGAUGAAACGGCAUUACACGCAAUGAUUCAGGCAAUAAAUCAUCAACUGAAAGCUUUCAUCAAGAAUGUGGAGUGAGCGAGCGCAUGUGCUGUGCUAGCAACGUAUUUGUUGCGUAUACCGGUAAUAUCGUACGAUAUAUUUGAAUCAUUGCUACUUCGUAAAUAAAUAGAACAAAAGAUUGGGAUAAACGAUAAAUCUGUCCUAGUGCAAGAACGAUAGCAUGCUUUCUUCUGCCAAGCGAGUACAAGGCGAAUUAAACAAAAGCAUUGGUUGCUACUCGUUGUGAGAGUCAUUGUAAAUUUCUUAUCAUAAUUAGUGCGCAGCACGUCAUCCUUAAUUCGAGUGCGUUCAGCUAUUCGGCCCUUUUCUAUCCUGGGGAAUUGAAGUAGCAAUUUUUAAUCACAAGUCCUUUCCAGUGGUGUGUUAUUCCACGUUAAGAGUGCGGAUACGGUGUAGUACAUCAAACUAUAUGGAGAGUUAUACCAUUGUAGGCUGUGUUUGUUGAUUUGAUGGUUAUUUCUACCUUAUGUGUAUUCUAAAG